CCGCUCCCCUCCCCUGUCCCCGCCAUGGAGUGAGGCCCCCGCCGGACGGCCGGACGGGGGGGCCCCGCCGCGCCUCGAUGGCUCUGGUCACGGUGCAGCGCUCGCCUACCCCCAGCGCCACCUCCAGCCCCUGCGCCUCGGAGGCAGACAGCGGGGAAGAAGAAUGCAGGUCCCAGCCCAGAAGCAUCAGCGAAAGCUUCCUCACUGUGAAAGGUGCAGCUCUCUUCCUGCCACGAGGAAAUGGGUCAUCCACUCCCAGGAUCAGUCACAGGCGCAACAAACACGCAGGGGAUCUCCAGCAGCACCUGCAGGCCAUGUUCAUCCUGCUCCGCCCAGAAGACAACAUCAGACUGGCUGUAAGACUGGAAAGUACCUACCAGAACCGCACUAGAUACAUGGUGGUGGUGUCCACCAAUGGCAGACAAGACACAGAGGAGAGCAUCGUCCUAGGAAUGGAUUUCUCUUCCAAUGACAGUAGCACUUGUACAAUGGGCUUGGUGCUGCCACUCUGGAGUGACACCUUGAUCCACCUGGAUGGGGAUGGAGGGUUCAGCGUAUCAACAGAUAACAGGGUGCACAUAUUCAAGCCCGUGUCUGUACAGGCAAUGUGGUCUGCUCUGCAGAGUUUGCAUAAGGCUUGUGAAGUGGCACGGAGCAAUAAUUACUAUCCAGGGAGCCUCUUCCUCACAUGGGUCAGUUACUAUGAGAGCCACAUCAACUCUGAUCAGUCAUCAGUCAACGAGUGGAAUGCCAUGCAAGAUGUCCAGUCCCACCGGCCCGACUCGCCCGCCCUCUUCACAGAUGUCCCAACUGAGCGGGAACGCACGGAACGGCUGAUUAAGACCAAACUAAGGGAGAUCAUGAUGCAGAAAGAUUUGGAGAACAUCACCUCAAAAGAGAUACGCACGGAGCUGGAGAUGCAGAUGGUGUGCAACCUACGGGAGUUCAAAGAAUUCAUUGACAAUGAAAUGAUUGUGAUCCUUGGGCAGAUGGACAGCCCUACACAGAUAUUUGAUCAUGUCUUUUUGGGCUCAGAAUGGAAUGCCUCCAAUUUGGAAGAUUUGCAGAACAGAGGGGUACGGUACAUUUUGAAUGUGACUCGAGAAAUAGAUAAUUUCUUCCCUGGGCUCUUUGAAUACCACAAUAUCAGAGUCUAUGAUGAAGAAGCUACAGAUCUUCUGGCUUACUGGAAUGAUACCUACAAAUUCAUCUCCAAGGCAAAGAAAAAUGGUUCUAAGUGCCUGGUGCACUGCAAGAUGGGGGUGAGCCGCUCAGCAUCCACGGUGAUUGCCUAUGCCAUGAAGGAAUACGGCUGGAACCUGGACAGGGCUUACGACUACGUGAAGGAACGGCGCACGGUCACCAAGCCCAACCCCAGCUUCAUGAGGCAACUGGAGGAGUACCAAGGGAUCCUACUGGCCAGCAAACAGCGGCACAACAAACUGUGGCGCUCACACUCGGACAGCGACCUCUCGGAUCACCACGAGCCCAUCUGCAAGGCUGGGCUGGAGCUGAACAAAAAGGAGAUCACCACCUCAGCUGACCAGAUCUCAGAGGCCAAGACCAAUGACAACCAGCAGCCCAUGUCUCCCAUCUACUCAGCUGAGCUGGACAGGGAGCAGCAGCUCCCAGAGGACACAAACAUAAUCGAGGACGUGUGUGUGAAGGAGAGAAGGAUCCACUUAGAGUUUACUUGCAGAGACUUCCAUGCUGAGCAGAUGGAGGACAAGCUGAACCUGAACAAUAUCAAUGGCUGUACAGCAGGGUGUUGUGUAGACUCUGUCCCCCCUGACAACUGCCAUGCUUCUGAGGCCUUAAUGCAGCUCCAGCACCCCUUGGAAAUAACAGAGUUUCCUGAUCUGACAGUGGACGAUCUAGAAAAAGAUGCCCUUAAGCCUGAUAUGAACGUGCACUUGGUUCCCAUGGAAGAAUUCACUUCAUGCUUAAAAGACUUCCCCCAGUCCCCAAACCAAAAUUCUCCAGGUCUCCAGCAGAACCCUCAGCCCGAAGUGACAGACCUCAGCACAGACAGGAUUGAUUUCUUCAGCGCUUUGGAGAAAUUCGUGGAGCUCUCCCAGGAGAGUCGGUCCCGCACCUGCUCCCAUUCCAGACCAGAGGAGCAAGGGACUGGGAGGAAUGGAGUCUCCAGGGUGCCCAUACUGGAAGUGCCACCUGCUGCAGAUGGAGGUGCAGAUGCUAGAAGGAACAGCCCUGGAAACUCCCCUCAGGCAUCAGAUGACUCUUCCACAGAUGAAGAGCAACAAAAGGAGGUCUCUGAGCUGCCUGGUGCAGGUCAUCUCACAAGAUCCCACUCGGAAAAUGCCAUUUCUGUGAAGGAAAUUAUCACAGAGAUCGAGUCAAUCAACCAGGGAGCAGGACCUGCCCCGCAGAAAGAGGGCUCAGCCAACCUCAGCCAGACACCAAAGAGGAACACGGUGCAUGACCUGCCAGUGGAGGUGAUUUGGGCAUCAGAAAAGUUGGAACAGAGUGAAGGAGCCUGUGCUGGACACCAGGAAAAGGAGAAGGACCCUCUGCCACCUGAGCAGGAGGAAGCCCCAUCCCUGCAGCUGUCUUCUGGUAAAUCAGACGUGGAGGAAAGCAGCUCUGGUGGGGAGCAGCAGGAGCCUCGUGGCUCCAUCAACCCUGAGCCCAAGUGGUGCCCCGGCUCCGUCCGGCGAGCCACACUGGAGUUUGAGGAGCGCUUGAGGCAGGAGCAGGAGCACCAGCACACGGCCCCAGCCUGCACUUUACCGACCCGCAAGAACUCCAGGAACGACUCCCCUGCUGCCGAGCUCCUGCCCCGGGGGAAGAGCGAGGAGCCGCCCCUGGAGCUGGCUCCGGAGAGGGACAAGGCUCAGGGUGCAGGUGCUGAGGAGCCUCCCGGGGCAGAGCAGCCUGUGGGCAGACACCUCCCUGCCACUGCCCAGGAGUCCCUGCCCGCAGAGCCCAGCCCGGGGCAGGAGGGAGUGGCACAAGAGCGCAGGACAGUGGUCUCGUUUGAUGGGACAGAGGAGCCAUCCCUGCCCUCCCUCCUCCCAAAGAGAAUCGAAAUCAUCGAGUACACCCUCACGGUCAAGCCUGCGGAGCAGCGCCCCGAUACAAGCUGUGAGCAGGGCGGGCUGGCCACGGCCACCCCGUCUUUAGACGAAAACUUGAACCCCUCGAUGUGCUCGGAGAAGGCUCCGGCGGAUCCCUCGCUGCUGGAGCACGCGGUACACAAGCAGGCUGCCUUCACCGGGGGCAGCCCCAGCGAGGAAGGCAGUGGGAUAUCUGCUCACCUCGCUGCUUCUCCCUCUGCCCAGGUGACCUGUCCCCCUCCAGCCAGCCUGGAGCGCUCUCCUUACCCCUGUGUCAUUCACCUGGAAGGUGUCACUGAGCAGAGCACGGCUACGGACGAUGAACCGGUCACUCCCUGUGGCACUGAGGGAGACACGACUCUCCCGUUCAGGGACGGUCCCAAACCUCUCUCGAGGCAGCUGAGCAGCGAGGACUCCACCAGGCAGCACGCUGAGAACAUGGACCUGCUGGACAUCUCGUUCCUGUGUUACAGCCUCCCUCACAGCUCCAGCAGCCUCAGCGUGGAGGAGCGCUCCAGCAGCCCCGGGCCGGUCAAGCAGCAGGUGAAGGAUAUAGAGGCUCGGAUCCGGCGCGCAGGGCUCACCAGACCCUCCCACAUGAAGCGCUCGGCAUCCCUGGCCAAGCUGGACCGCCUGGACCUCUCAGAGGACGACUUACACGACAGGGAGUCGGCCUCUUCCAAUGCCAACCCGGUGCUGCUCACCUGCGUUGCCCUCGGUCGAGGCUUUUGUGGGGGGAGGUUGGAGAGGGGCUCGGAGGGCGCGUGUGGGAAGCAUCGCCUCUCCUCCCCAGAGCCCACCAAGCAUUUUGUGGAACAGCUCAGAACAGCCGAGUGCAUUGCCCAGAGCAAGCCGGUGGAGAGGCCGCUGGCUCAGUACGCCAAAGAGUGCAGCUCCAGCCAGCAGAGUUUGUGUUCCAGCACAGAUCCAACAUGGACUAGCUCCAGGGAGAGCCCUCCACUGCUCCAGGUGCCGGUCCUGGACUCCUUGUCUCCAUCUCAAGCUUUGGCUGUCGCCCCACGGCAGCAGCACGGGAGAACUCACCCUCUGAGGAGGCUCAAAAAGACCAAUGACAAAAAGCGGACAACCAAUCCCCUCUACAACACGAUGUGAUCCUGGGCCCUUGGCUGUGAUUUCUUACAGAACCCGUGGUGUUGCUUUCACGCAAGGGGCAGGUGUAAUAUAAGGAACAUGCACUUUAUUGGUUAAUUUUAUAUAUAUUGUCAUUUUACUGUUCCUGGCGCAUGUAGGUGUGGGUUGGUUCUUCUGUGUGUGACUCUGACUGCAGGACUGUUUGGGUUUUUUUAAGUUUAACUCAGAUAACCUCAGAUGUUCUUUUUUUAUUGUUGUUGUUAGUUUGUUUUAAAAGAACACCUUUAUCACGAGAAAAUUGAUGUUGGCUUGCUUUGGCAAGGUGGAGUUUUGCUUACAAACCUGAUCCUAGUUCCUAACUUGAAUUUUCCCCAUGCCUUGAAAGGGUGCUGGGCAGUUGGUGGGGUGAGAGCCCCUGUAAAUGUGAAGGUUGUGCCAAGGUCCCUUUGUUUGGCCUUUGUUUUAUUCUGCAAACUGGAGCUCCACCAUGCUGGCAGAUCUCUCACAAAGCUGCUUCAGGAUGCCCUGGGCUCAGUUCAGCUGGUGCUUCCCCAUAAGGAGCACACAGGGGUAAAUCUUCCCCUUGGAUGAGCUCUGAUAACCCUGGGCAGCACCAAGACCAGCUCACCCAUCUGCCAUGGGACACACAGAGCUCUCUGCUCUGUGCUGAGGUGGGGCAGAGCUCCUCCAGGAGCUGCCACGUUCCCCUCUACCCCCAAAGCCAGUGUUCUUUUAAAACAAACACCUCAUUAGGGUUUUAACCCUCCCAUUACUUGAAUACUGCUGUGGGCCUUCCAAGUUCAUGGCCAUAUCAUCUGUUCUCUGCCCUCCUCCUACUGCCUGCCCUCUGCCCCAAAGCUGUUCUUGUGCUGCCUGAGUUUCCCUCUCCCCUCUGCCAUGCUCGCGGGUGUUUCUGGUGGCUCCCAAAACUUGAGCUGUUUUUGUUACAUGACAUACUGCCCUUAAUGCAAAGCUUUGUCCUCUCUGCUGUCACUUCUAAUUCUAGACCCAGAGGGAAAAUCUUUUCUGGAAGUUUUUUCUUUUUCUUUUUUUUUUUCCUUUUUUUUUUUCCUGAAUUGUAUAUAUGAUAUUUAUAUGAAUUUUUGG